AUGUCGCCAUCACCAGCCAAUCACCAUCCACCUCAAAUAGAUGACGAGAACAAGUUGCCCGGUACAAUAAAAAUUUCCUCCAAGACACCAAGGAGGCGAUUCAAUAGUCAAGGGCUUUGAUCGGGCUUUGCUAUGUGGGUGCAUCACUGAGCGGAGAAACCAUGCAGUAAUAUUUUGGAGUUUAUAACUACACUAUUGCUAUUCUUUUCUCGACUCUUCGUCCUGCUCUUCGACUUCUGCUCAGUGUCUUUUUGUUUUCUUGUCACUCUCUUUGAGACUCAGAAGGCAACAUGGGGUCUGUUGCAAGCCCCGCAGAAGCUGUUGCAAGAAUCGCAUAUCUUGCCAGCGAUGUCAUCCUCUCUGUGCAACCGUCGUUGAACACCGACUCCGAGUUCUCCUACCACUUCGCCCGAUUCACCGGCAACAAUGCAAAGAGCUUCGUCUCCAAGUCUCUGCCCGAGAUCAUUCCAGUACGACAGAAUUCAGACCCUCUGCUCUCUGCCUACACGCCCGCCCAGGCUGGCAAACUUGUGGCAGUCACCGCCCCCUCCUCGAUCCUCCUGACCUCAAUCCCCCACCUUUAUAAACUCGCUCAAUACCCCGUCGUGUUGCAUGUAGCGUUGGCAACACCGCACCCAGACUUUUCAGAGAUCAGCUCCAUUCGACAAUGUGGCUUUACGUUUCUACAGUCAGAGACGUUGCAGGAGGCGCAGGACAUUGCUUUGACUGCCCAUGCUCUGGCAAUCAAGAGUGGCAAAGGUGUCAUACACUUUUACGACCCUGGAAACUCGGUACAGGACAAUCCCAUUGCGGUUGAGAGUCGGGAGGUGGUUACUACACUUUUGGAGACUGGUGUCGGGCCCAAGGCUUCGCACUCAGCUUCAGACGAACACAGCUUGUACGUCAGUAGUGGAAGGACUGCGACAAUCACCGACCUUGGUCUUCCGCAGGUGCUGUCAGGGCAAACAGCUGCAGGUGCCCAGCAAGACCCUUUGUCACCCGUUGUAGCACCAUCUUCCACCAACGGCACCACCGAUAUCUCCUCGGCGCCUUCGUCCCGACGGGACAGCUCCUCGGACAGCACUGCCCCUUCAUCUCUGGCUACCACUGUCGAAACACCAACCUCUCGUCCAGUCAACGCUACCGACGUUUUCACCUAUGCUAGCGACAUCUGGGCUGUCAUUUCCCAGGCUACCGGUCGCAGCUACUCCGCCAUUGAGUACUCAGGUCCUCCAGAUGCCGAAGCCGCUCUUUUCAUCUUUGGGUCGACAGGUGUUUUCGUUGACGUCCUCGACUCGGAUGAUGUACCGGCCGAUCUGACAAACAUUGGUUUAAUCACCGCUCGACUAUACAGACCCUGGCUGGGAAGUGCCGUCCUCCUGGAUUCGAUACCGAGAUCAAUCAAGAAGAUUGCUGUGCUGGAACAAAUUAGGAGGAAGACCACAAGAUGGGGACCUUCUUUCCUCGAUCUUCUCUCAAGCCUGAGUCCCGGUGCUGGUGGUGAGACCCAAAUAUCCUUGGUUCAAUACCGCCUGGGUCAAAUCGAUGCCGCAACAGCAUUGCAAGCACUUCGCGGUAUAUUCCAGAACCUGGCCCCACCCUCAACUCCGCGCAAACAUUCCCGACGCCGAGGUCGCUCCUCGAUGGUCGUGAAUUCCAUUCAAAACUUGACUAUUGGAAACGAAGUUGACCCCGUCGUUGACAGCUUUACACCGGAACAACCUGAACUGGAGAACGCUUACCUGAAGAUUCUCGAUCAACUUUUUGGCAGCAGAUUAUACAUCGCCAACCAGCUGAAGGAGAAGAGCACAGGCGUAUCUACAACCUUGGCAGCGUCGCCUGAAUAUGGGUUUGGUUCAUUGCUUGCCCGGAUCGAAGGUCGUCAGAAUUUCGUCAAGGAGGCAGAGGAAGCUGCACGCAGCAAUGAGUUUAUCACAGAAUCACCGAAACAGUGGCUAUCAAGAUGGGCAUUGAACGCUAAUGAUUCUGCAAAGGCGAAUGAGUAUGCAGGCGAGGUGCUUGCUCGUCUGUCAAACGACGGAUCCAGGUUGUCUACGAGAUUGCUUGAUAACAAGGCUUUCUUCUACAAGGAGUCUCAGUGGCUGAUUGGUUCCGAUGCCUGGGCAUAUGAUCUGGGUAACUCUGGUGUCCACCAUGUCCUCGCAUCUGGUGCGAACGUUAAUAUGCUUAUCAUCGACUCGGAGCCGCACUCGGAACGAGCUGCCGCCGAUUCGAAUAAGCGGAAGAAGGACAUCGGUCUCUACGCUAUGAACUUUGGCAACGCCUACGUCGCAUCAGUGGCUGUCUACAGCUCUUAUACACAAGUGUUACAGGCCAUGAUUGAGGCAGAGAAGUUUAACGGUCCUUCGGUCGUCCUUGCGUACCUGCCAUACAACAAGGAGACCGAUUCUCCGCUGACCGUCCUGCAAGAGACGAAGAAAGCCGUCGAUGUUGGCUACUGGCCUCUUUACAGAUGGGACCCGUCAAACGAAGAGAAGGGCGAGCCCACCUUCAACCUGGACUCUGAACGGAUCAAGCGCGAAUUGGAAGACUUCCUCCGACGGGACAACCAAUUGACACAGGUCAUGAACAGACAUCCUCAAUUUGCCGCCAACUUGUCCGACUCUUAUGGUACUGAAGUACGCAAGCUACAGAAGCGUAAAGCCAAGGACGCCUACGAGCAAAUGUUGGAAGGUCUUUACGGAGCUCCAUUGACGAUUUUGUUCGCAUCCGACAACGGCAACGCCGAAAGUCUUGCUAAGAGGCUGGGCAACCGUGGCAAGGCGCGUGGUCUCAAGACCAUGGUCUUCGCCAUGGACGACUAUCCUUUGGAAGAUCUCGCCAGUGAAGAGAAUGUCGUUUUGAUUUCUAGUACAGCUGGUCAGGGAGAGUUCCCACAGAACGGUCGAGCCUUCUGGGAAGCCAUCAAAGACGCUGCGGAUCUCGACCUGGCCAACGUCCACUACUCAGUUUUUGCCCUUGGUGAUAGUCAUUAUUGGCCUCGAAAAGAGGACAAGAUUUUCUACAACAAGCCUGGUAAAGAUCUCGAUGUACGCAUGCAAUUCCUGGGUGCCAAAUCGUUGACGGCAAUCGGCCUCGGUGACGACCAGGACCCUGAUUCAUAUCAAACUGGUUAUCAAGAAUGGGAGCCUCGACUCUGGCAAGCACUGGAUGUCGCCAAUGUUGAAGGUCUGCCUGAGGAACCCGCGCCAGUAACCAACGAAGACAUCAAGAUUGCUUCGAAUUACCUCCGAGGCACCAUCGCCGAAGGACUGUUGGAUACUUCUACGGGCGCCAUUUCGGCCGCAGAUCAGCAGCUGACCAAGUUCCACGGUACAUAUAUGCAGGAUGACCGUGACCUGCGAGACGAGCGCAAAGCUCAAGGGCUCGAGCCAGCAUACUCAUUCAUGAUCAGAUGUCGACUUGCUGGUGGUGUUGCCACCCCAGAUCAAUGGCUACAAAUGGAUGCCAUUGCCGGCGCCCACGGCAACGAGACCAUGAAAUUGACCACAAGACAAACAUUCCAGUUCCACGGUGUCAUCAAGUCGAAGCUGAAGCCCGCCAUGAGGGCUAUCAACAAAUCUCUCAUGACCACCAUCGCAGCCUGCGGAGACGUCAACAGAAACGUCAUGUGUUCCAGCUUGCCCACCAUGUCAGAAUAUCAUCACGAAGUCCACACCGUUUCGAAGAAGAUCUCCGACCACCUUUUGCCAUCAACAAACGCCUAUCACGAGAUCUGGCUCAAGGACGACACAACAGGCGAGAAGGCCCAGGUAGCAGGCGACGCCGUCCAAGACUACGAACCACUAUACGGACCAACCUACCUCCCAAGAAAAUUCAAGAUCACAAUCGCCAUCCCACCUCACAACGACACGGACGUGUACGCGCACGAUGUCGGCUUGAUCGCAAUCCGCUCCAAAGACAACGCUCAUCUGGAGGGCUUCAACAUCCUCGCUGGAGGCGGCAUGGGUGUGACGCACAACAAUAAAAAGACAUACCCCCGUACAGGCUACAUGAUGGGCUACGUCGCCGCGGACAAGGCUCAUUUGGUCUGCGAGAAGAUCAUGUUCGUCCAGCGCGACCACGGCGACCGCAAGAACCGCAAGCACGCCCGUCUGAAGUACACCAUGGACGACAUGGGCAAUGAGGUGUUCAAAUCCAAAGUCCAAGAGCUCUUGGAUCCACUGGACAUCAAGUUCGAGGAACCCCGACCGUUCAAGUUCGCUUCCAACAUCGACACUUUCGGCUGGCAGAAGGACGAAAAGGGGUUGAGCCACUUCACUUUCUUCAUCGAGAACGGUCGUAUCGAAGAUACUGCUGAUUUCCCUAUGCGUUCUGGCCUGCGAGAGAUCGCCAAGGUGCAUAAAGGCGAGUUCCGCCUGACUGGUAACCAGCAUUUGAUCUUGAGCAAUGUCAGCGACGACGCGAAGCCUGGACUGGUGGAGUUGAUGAAAAAGUAUAAGCUUGACAACACGCAAUUUUCGGGCAUGAGAUUGUCGAGCUCUGCUUGCGUUGCGUUCCCGACUUGUGGGUUGGCCAUGGCCGAGUCGGAGCGGUACUUGCCGGAGUUGAUCAGCAAGCUUGAGGCGUGCCUUGAGGAUAAUGGUCUGGCGCAGGAUAGUAUCGUCAUGCGCAUGACGGGGUGUCCUAAUGGAUGCGCGAGACCGUGGUUGGCCGAGGCCGCGUUCGUGGGCAAAGCUUACGGCGCGUAUAACAUGUACCUUGGCGGUGGGUACCAUGGGCAAAGACUGAAUAAGUUGUUCCGAAGCAGUAUCAAGGAGGAGGAGAUUUUGGAGAUCAUGACGGGCUUGUUGAGUCGGUAUGCGAAGGAACGAAACUCGGGCGAGAGAUUUGGCGAUUGGACGAUUCGCUCUGGUGUGAUCAAUGAGACUACUGAGGGCAAGUACUUCCACGACAAUACUGCUGAAGUAGAGAGCGAGGAGGAUUGAGGUGGUCGCCGUGUGAGUGAAGGUGGUUGCAAAACGGCAUUGCGUUUGGAUCUGAUGUAUUUUGCAUGGCGUGGAAUGGAAAAGAAACUCAUUGAUGGGUGCAUAUAUCAUGUAGCAUUAUUGAUUUCUUAGCAAU